UAUUCAUGAGAAGAAGAAAAAACAACAAUGGCGGAUGCUACAGGCGAGUCGAAAGAGGGGAAUUCGAAGGAGGAAAACGUGGGUUUGAAUCCCUGUAAGAGGAAAAGAAAGUUAACAGACACGGAAAGAAAGAGAAGGAAGAUAAAGCGGAACAUACAAUUCCACAAGUCGAGAGUGUAUCUUGGGACUGAGCAGAUUCGAUGGGCAGAAUUGAAGAAAGAGAAAAAUUUGAAAACGGACCGUGAAGUUGCAACCCUUCUUAUAGACAAUUACAAAAGGACAGAAUCACAACAGCAGAUGGUUAUAAUGCCUACUCAGCCUAGAUUACUACAGCUUCAAAAGUCCUCAACCCCUGCCUCAAUGAAAGACCUCCCAAUUUCUGAGGUCAAAACACCAUCAGUAUCAGAAGUGUCUGGACCUGAGUCUGAAAGAGAGCAACAUCAUGAGCUGUCGGGGUUUGAAGAGUUAAGGCAUUCAGAAGACAGCAAUGGAAAAGUCUCAUCUGGACCAAGUGGUGUACAACAGACUAUUUCAAAAGCAGGCAGGCAAACUGGAGUAAAGAAAUUAUCUGAUUCUUUCAUUGACCCAUUCAAUUUGACCAUAGAUAUCACUACUGUUGAGGAGGAGGAAGAAUCUGAUGACCCAGAUUAUGAGCCAAGUUUUACCAUAGAAGCAGUACUUCCAAGAAAUAUAGAUGAAGCUGCAGAAGAUGUAGCGUAUGAAGAGGCUGAAUUUGGGUUUGAAAUAGAAAAUGGUAUGAUUGAAGAGGAAUUGGAACUUGAUGAAGAUCUACCAACAUUUAGCUCUAUAAAUAGAAUUACAACACCUCAAGAAUGUGAGGAUUUGAGUAAAUCUACAAAAUGUAUAGUUGAACUUGAACAAUUGAAAGGCUUAGCAAGUAUACAUAUAGAGAAAUGUUCAUCACUUGAUUGUGCAAAAUCUCUAAAGAUUUCAACUGACUUUGUGGGAUCUGCUUUGUAUUUGAAAUGGGUGUGUCAGAGUGGUCAUGUCAGUAUGUCUUGGUGUUCCCAGCCGGUUUUGAAUAAGCGCCUUCACAGUGGUGAUUUCCUUAUCUGUGCUUCUAUCCUUAUGUCAGGGAAUAAUUAUGGAAAACUAGCUCUUUGGGCAGAAAUGAUGCAUUUAAAAUUUUAA